GUUUAUGAAGAAGUUAAAGUGAAGUCUGAUCAAACAGCAAAACACAUGAAGGUCCAGGCCCGACGCACAGAGAGGCAGAUUCAGGAGCAGUUUAAGAAGCUUCACCAGUUUCUAGAGGAGGAAGAGGAGGCCAGGAUGGCUGCACUGAGGGAGGAAGAGGAGCAGAAGAGUCAGGUGAUGAAGGAGAAGAUGGAGGCUCUGAGCAGAGAGAUAGCAGCUCUUUCAGACACAGUCAGAGCCACAGAGGACGAGCUGAGAGCUGAAGACGUCUCAUUCCUGAACAACUACAAGGCUGCAGUGGAAAGAGUCCAGCAGCGCCCCCUGCUGGAGGAUCCACAGCUGCUCUCAGGAGCUCUGAUAGACCAGGCCAAACACCUGGGCAACCUGACCUUCAACAUCUGGAACAAGAUGAAGGACAUGGUCUCCUACACUCCUGUGGUUCUGGACCCAAACACUGCUGGUCCAGACCUCAUCCUGUCUGAAGAUCUGACCAGUGUGAGACGAGGAGAGGAACAGCAGCUUCCUGCUAACCCAGAGAGGUUUGAUGGAUACUAUAUGUGCUCUGUUCUGGGUUCUGAGGGAUUUAACUCUGGGACUCACAUCUGGGACGUCCAGGUUAGAGACAGUACAGACUGGUCUCUGGGGGUGAUAGCAGAGUCUGUCCAGAGGAAGAGAGACAUACUGUCUGGAUUAUGGUCAAUAUGGUUCAAUGGAAGUAAAUACAGAGCUUACUCUCCAUCAUCAGAUCCGUUCACUGUUCUCAACAUCCAGAAGAAAUUCCAGAGGAUCAGAGUGAAACUGGACUGGAACAGAGGAAAGCUGUCGUUCUCUGAUCCUGAAACCAACACACACAUACACACUUUCACACACACCUUCACUGAGAGGAUGUUUCCAUAUAUAAACACUCAGAAUCUCCAUCUGAAGGUUUUACCAGUGAAGGUCUUUGUGUCUGUAGAACAACAGAAAUAGAAGAUGUUGACGGUGAUGAUGACGCACUUCAUUUUCUUCUGAGUCUUUGAGGAACAUGUGAUGUUGUCCUGAUGAUGAUGAUGAUGAUGGUUUUCAUGGUGAUGAAGAUAAUAUCUGCAGUAUAACAUAUAUAAAGUGUGGUGUGAACGCUGGAUGCUGAGAACUUGACGCUACACUGAAUUGUCGGUUUAAUUUUUUUGGCAAAGUUGAAUAUUAAGAAUAAUAGGAAAAGUGGGAAUCGGUUUAAUUCGUAUGAAUGUCAUCGACAAGAUGAAUGACGACAAUAAUGUAUAAAAGAUGUGGAAUAUUUGAAGGUUUUGAAAGAUGAAGCGA